CGAGGACGAAAUGUCAAAGGAGUAUGGCUAUGCUCAAUUUUGUGGACACGUUUGAGUUGAUGGCACUCAACUUCCAUGGGGAUGAGGAACAGCAUCAUCGUUUCGUGCACGAUGCCAAGCUGCUGAUCGAUGCGAUUGUCAACCAACUGCACAAAAACAAUUCCAUUUUCAAGGACUAUAUGGGUGAGCUGCGUAAGACGGCCUCAUUCGUAAGCCAAAUUAAUAUGGAUAUGCCACUUGGCUUUGAGGUCUUUCUGACCAUACGGCUGCCCAUCUCGCUCUCGGCCAGCUUCAAUGAAAAGCAGCGCAGCGUUCAGCUCUACAGAGCCAACUAUACGCAUCCGUUCUUCUUUGCCGAUGCGAUAAAUCCGAAAUGCAUGAAUCUGCGCCUGCAGCAGGAUCUGCAGCGGGCCGUUGGCCAGGUGGCCUGCAUAGCCGGCUACUGGGGCGCCAUAUACGACAUCAAAUACACGGCACUCAGCUACAAUCGUGUGCCCUUCGCCCACCAGGUGUUCGCGGCGGAAAGGGGCGCCCACAAUCGCGGCAUUUGCUUCGACUUCAUUGUGGCCCUGGAGUUCGAUGGCGCCGAGAUGCCAUUGCCCAUAUACUACAAGGCGCCCAUUUGCUACAAGUGGAUCGCCUAUGGACUGGUGGACGUCAAUCAGAAUCACAAUUCCGCCGACUGGGGUGUCCUGGUGCCACGCUGGCAGUCGGCCAACAUGGGUCUGCGUCUGCGCUCACACAACAUGCUCCUGCUGCUGCAUCGCCUGCUCUACGCGCAGCGCUGUUUCACCCUGGCCGUUCCGUUCCUGGUCAAGUUCUGCUUCUUCAUGACCACCGUGGACUGUGGCGAGCGAUACAAGCGCAUGGGCGUGGCCCAUUUAAUGGUAACUACGCUCGGCCAUCAGGUGUUUCGCAACUACUGCGAGCUGAUUGUCAAGUCGACGGUAGGCGAUCACGCCACGAACAUAGCCGCCACAAAGGAGCUGCGCGAGCAGCAGGUGCGCGGGAAGGGCAUAUUUGCAAUGCUGGCCAAGGGUCUCGAAUUGAAUGUGAUAAGCACCCAGUUCAUAGCGGACUAUUUUCAAAUCAAAUACCUGAAAGUGACAGAGACAACUGCGCCCGCAACGACAGCAGCAGCAGCGACGCUGCAGAAAAGCAAAUCGGCACCGGCGCCGGCACCACCGCCACCGCCCCCACCCGUGCUGCCACCGCUGCCGCCACCGCCGCCGCCGGCGCAACUGAGAGUCACAACAAGAGUAAUUCCUCGAGCUGUGCCGCCGUGUCGCAAGCAGCAUCGCAGCAUUUAGUGAAAUAUAUACGAAAUACAAAACGACAAAAGUUAAAUUGUGCAUUAAGUGGUGCUUCGAUGUGGGGCUGCACCACUCUGGCCAGCCAGCCUGCCCAAAGGGUAGCUCUGUGGGUUAGGCUCUAUUCGAGUUAACUGUAAAUUGGCCAGUCGUUUGUGAGGGACAACAGCGACGUCUCGAAUCUCGGUAAUAGCGCAACUUUUAUGCCCAAAAUAAGUGGAACUGACUGAGCACCCACACGCACACACACACCCACACACACACACACACACACACACACACACUA